AUGAGUGGUUACGAUAGAGCCUUAAGUAUUUUCUCACCAGACGGACAUAUUUUCCAAGUGGAAUAUGCAUCAGAAGCUGUUAAAAGAGGUACCUGUGCUGUAGGGAUCAAGGGUAAAGAUUGUGUGGUUUUAGGCUGUGAAAGAAGAUCGACGCUAAAGUUACAAGAUAGUCGUAUUACACCUUCCAAGAUUUCUAAAAUCGAUUCUCAUGUCGUGCUUUCCUUUAGUGGGUUGAAUGCAGAUUCCCGUAUCUUAAUCGAAAAGGCUCGUGUAGAGGCUCAAAGUCAUAGAUUAACGUUGGAAGACCCAGUUUCAGUGGAAUAUUUGACACGUUACGUGGCAGGUGUACAGCAACGUUAUACACAAAGUGGUGGUGUAAGACCAUUCGGUGUUGCUACAUUAAUUGCCGGUUUUGAUAAAGACGACGAUACUCCAAAACUGUACCAAACCGAACCAAGUGGUAUCUAUUCUGCAUGGACCGCACAAACAAUUGGUAGAAACUCCAAAACUGUACGUGAAUUUUUAGAAAAAAAUUACAACAGAGAUGAACCUCCAGCUACAGCGGACGAAUGCGUUAGAUUAACAACAAGAUCACUUUUAGAAGUUGUACAAACAGGCGCUAAAAACAUCGAGAUUACAGUCGUACGCCCUGGUAGCAAGAUUGAAAUUCUAUCCUCAGAACAAAUUGGUAAAUAUGUCGAGGAAAUCGAACAGGAGAAAAAAGAGCACCAGGAACAACUUGCAAGGAAAAAGAGAAGAGAUUAG